AUGGGCAAAACCAGAGAAUUCAAAGAGGCCUACUUCAACAAGUUGAAAGACUUGAUGGCCGAGUUCCCCUCUGCAUUCAUUGUCAACGUUGACAAUGUCGGGUCCAACCAGAUGCACCAAAUCCGACAAGCUCUCCGUGGUAAGGGUACCGUCUUGAUGGGCAAGAACACCAUGGUCCGACGUGCCAUCCGAAACAUCUUGGCCGACAACCCUCAGUACGAGCGUAUCCUCCCUCUCGUCCGAGGAAACAUCGGUUUCGUUUUCACCAGUGGCGACUUGAAGGAUGUUCGCAACAUCAUCACUGCAAACAAGGUUGCUGCCCCGGCCAAAGCUGGUGCUUUUGCUCCGUUGGAUGUUUACAUCCCUGCCGGUAACACUGGUAUGGAGCCCGGGAAGACCUCUUUCUUCCAGGCUUUGGGAAUCCCAACCAAGAUUGCUCGUGGUACGAUCGAAAUUGUCUCUGACAUGAAAAUUGUCACUGCCGGAAGUCGUGUUGGAGCAUCCGAAGCCACGCUGCUCAACUUGUUGAAGAUCUCUCCCUUCACAUACGGGAUGACCGUUGUUUCGAUCUAUGACAACGGAAACGUCUUCUCUCCCAGCGUAUUGGACAUCGACGAGCAGACUUUGAUCGACCAAUUCUUGAGUGGAAUUAAGACGAUUGCCGCCAUCUCGCUUGCGAUCAACUACCCCACCGUCGCAUCCAUCCCCCACAGCCUUGUCAACAGCUACAAGAACCUCAUCGCCAUUGCUCUCACCACAGAUUACAUGUUCGAAGGGGCACAGAAAGCCAAAGACUACCUCGAAAACCGUAAGUCUCCCCAUCCUUGCCACGAUCCCCUGCGUCUACUGACCCUAUGUUAUUGA